UGCUGUUUCCGCCGUAGUGAUGCCGGGAGAGGCGGUCACGCUGCAGCUCGGGCACUACGCGGGCUGCGUGGGAGCCCAGUGGUGGGGGCUGCAGGCCGCCCCGGGCCGGGGUUCCCCCGAGCUCCGCCGCUCCGCGCUGCUCCGCACCGAGCGGGCACUGGGCGGCCGCGAGCGGCUCACACCGCGCCUGGUGGCGCUGGAGCUGAAAGGGACGGAGCCGUGGCCUCGUACCUGGACCGGGGCUCCACACCGAGGGACGGCGGGGACCGGGCGCUGUGCCCUGGGCUCUGCUCAGGUUUGCUUCCUCUCACCCCGGUGCUCGCUGCAGCUCCCUGCCCUGCAACACGUGGAUGGAUGGGGCAGCACAUCCCAUAAUGGAGCUUUUUUUCUGCAGGAAGACAACACUUCUGAAGGACGAGGGAGUCCCCAUACUUCAGUUCCAGGCGCAGCUCCUGACCCUUCACCACUCGCUCUUUCUGAGGAAGCUCCCUCGGGUGGCGGCGUGCGGCUCUGGUCUGAUUACCUCAACGUGCACUUGCAUCCUAAGAGCGUCUACGUCAUCCGUCAGUACAUGCUCGAUGGGGAAUGUGGUUGUCUGGAAGCCUUUGGACAAGGUGAGAGUCUGCUGCAGGACCCUGGCUGCCUGGAGGAGCUGGAAGAUCGGUUGCACUUUUAUGUUGAAGAAUGUGAUUACCUGCAGGGGUUUCAGGUCCUCUGCGACCUACACAACGGAUUCUCUGGAGUUGGCGCUAAGGUGACAGAACUGCUCUACGAUGAGUACUCGGGAAAAGGGAUCCUGACGUGGGGGCUGACUCCAGGCAUGAGUAACCUGGGUGAUUCUCAGAAGAACUUGUACAGAGUGAUGAACACAGCCCUGGGCAUCGUCCACCUCUGCCGGCACAGCUCGCUCCUUUGCCCUUUGUCGCUCAGCGCGAGCUUGGGGCUCAGGCCGCAGCCUCCAGUGACGUUUCCAUACCUAAACUACGAUGUACGUCCUGCAGUAUCCCUGAACUAUCAGAGCAGCGCGGUGCUGGCGGCGGCACUCGAUACCCUCACGGUGCCGUACCGGCUCUCAUCCUCCCAAGGCUCCAUGAUGCACCUCGCUGAAACUCUGAACUUCUCUGGGAGAAAGGUUGCGGCUGCUUGGGCCUCUCUUCCCUUUCCUGCCCGGCACAGCUGCUCGCUUGCUGACGUUUUGUGCGCCCACCGGCAGGAUGUGCCCUGGAAGCUUCUGGUUCCGUGGAGGGAGCGAAGGGUUCGCUCCUGUUUCGCUCAGUCCGUUGUUCUACGAGGAAUCGGCAAAGAAAGUCACGUCAGCAGCUCUGCUGGGACGCAACCACCUUCCCUGUUCCACGCCUGUGAGAGUGCCGAGCAGACCCUGCAGCGGUACCUGCACGCCCUCUUCCCGGGCGCCCUCAGCACAGCCCACGUGCUCCAGCAGCCGUGUCACACCCUGCCGCCAUACCCCCAGUUUUUCUCUCCUCUCCUGACCCAACAAGGCUUCCUCCAGGACAAACCUCCCCCUUCCGCAGCAGCUGUGGAGAGCAUCCCUGUCCUGGCGGCCCUGCAGUCCUCCCCGGUGCUGCACACACUCCUCACCAGCUUGUACAGGGAUAUACAGAAGCUGAACACGCGGCGAUUUGCCAGCUUCUUCUCCACGGGAGUUGAGCAGGAUGAGUUCCAGGAGGCCUUGGAGGAGCUGAGAACUUUGUCACAGUGCUACAAGGCUGGGCUGGAAGCAAGUCAAUCUGAAGAUGAAGCAGAUUCAGACUAACUUGUCUUUAUUACGAGAG